UAGCAGAUUGCCUUGUGAAAGACUACAAGUACCGGAAAUCCUUAAAUUCUUUGCAGUGUACGGUUUCGGUAAGACUUAAGUCUCAAACUUCCCAAUGAAACAUUCUUUAGUUGGAGUAUACCGGCACUCUAUGAAUAUGGAAUUCUGAUUAAGUAUCCCCAUCAGACACAUGCGGGCUGCCUGGAUUAAGGCCGGCGUUUUGGGCUCGGUGGGAAUCAGCUCAGCGCUUUUAUCACAUAAAUGUAGCGAGCCGGGGCGAAGAAGCACUUCACAGGAAAACAGAUCUCGGUACGAGCUCAAACUGGUCCAAGUGCUGUUUCGACACGGUGCUCGGACCCCGCUCAAAUCCAUACCUGACGUGUUGGAGGCACAAUGGACGCCAAGCCUUCUGAAAGCUCCGGUCCACACUCAGAUGGAUUAUGUGGUGACCGACCUGAAUGGAGGUCCGCGUCCACCAGCUCCUGUGGAGGAGAGCUACAGAGCCCGCAUGUUAAGUGGUGGUACAUAUCCAGGUCAGCUGACCACUGUAGGCAUGCAGCAGUUAUACGAUCUUGGCAUGAGGCUGAGGAAGAUGUAUAUUCAAGACCUUCCCUUUCUGUCGCCUAGCUUCCGCCCCACUGAGGUCUUUGUCCGUUCCACCAACAUCGUACGGACAAUCGAAUCUGCCAAAUGUCUGGUGGCUGGUCUGUUUCAGCAGAAACAGGAAGCAACAGUGCCUAUCCUCACCACAACAGCUGAAAGUGAAAUAUUCUACCCGAACUUCCAUGGUUGCAAACUGCUCAGUAUCCUUGGCGGUCCUCGCUGGGCAGAGUCAUCCAACCUCCCAGAUAUUGCCGCUGACCUGAAGGACAUUCAGAGUGCCCUAGGCAUAGCCCCCCACCAACCUGUGGACUUCAUCCAGAUCCGGGAUGACAUGGUGGCCAGAGAGACACAUGGCCUGCCCAGUCCACCCGUGCUGGCCAAGUGGAGAGAGACCGUGGAACAAAGAGCAGUGGAAAUGAUGAGUUACAUCUACCAGCCGAGCAAGGCAGAAGGCCUUCAGCUCUGCGUUGGACCACUUCUUCAUAUCCUGAUUAACAACAUCGAUGACAAAAUUAAAGACACAGCAUCUCAAAAUUCAAGGAAGCUGUUCCUCUACUCGGUGCACGACACAACGCUGAUUCCCUGUCUGAUGGUGCUGGGGAUUUUUGACAUGAAAUGGCCACCGUAUGCUGCAGAUAUCACCUUAGAGCUCCACCAGGAUCGCAUUACCAAGGAGGCCUUUGUCAAAGUGUCGUACCUUGGCAAGGAUCAGCUGAUUCCAGGCUGCAGUGACAUCUAUUGUCCCCUGAAAGAGUUCAAGGAAGCAUUGUCUACCUACACCUUGACCUUUGACCGCUACAGUUCGCUGUGCAAACAAACGGAGAAGUUGACAGUAUCAUGACAACCAGAUCUCCUGUCCUGCUGGCUAUCCUGAUCAUGAAAACAGAAAUCAUGUAUAUACCUGCCUGAGUAGAUUUAUGUUUGAUAUCAAGAUGGAAGACGGGAUUUAUUUAUGGACUUCAAAAUCCACCCCUAUCCCAUUUCUGUUCUUGCAGUGUACUUGCUCAGUGCUGCAAAUAAAACAAUUUAUACUCUGUA